GAUAAAAGUAAUUAAGUAUUAGAUUUAUAUUCGCUUAGCGAUCUCCACGAUAAAACGACAAGAUUUUGCUAUUCUUAUUAUUUGCUAUUUUCUUAUUAUUAGUUUAUAAAGGGUGUUAGUGACAUCGUAAAAAAAAAACUGAGGUGACUGAGGGGGAUGAUUCAGACCAUGAUUUUGAGUUGAUAUCAAGUGAUAUUUUCCCUCGCAAAUUCAUGAUUUUUUUCAAUUAAUCAGUUGAUAUCAAGUGGAAUUUUCUGUCGCAAAAGUAUGGAACUGAUAAUAAUUUUAAAAAUUUCAUGAAUUUUCCGACAGGAAAUUCCACUUGAUAUCAACUCAGAAUCAUGGCCUGAAUCAUCCCCCUCAGUGGCUUCAGUAUUUGUUACGGUGUCACUAACACCCAUACAUACUUGUAUGGCUACCCAUACAGACUUAUAUGGGGUGGAAGUAACAUCGUAAUGAAUACUGAGGGGGAUGAUUCAGCUCAUUAUUCUGAGUUAAUAUCAAGUGGAAUUUUCCACUGCAAAAGUAUAGAAUUGAAUAUUAAUUGAAAAUAAUUACAAAAACACAAAAACAUCUUGAAUUUUGCGACAGAUUUGUGAAUUCCACUUGAUAUCAACUCUGAAUCAUGGUCUGAAUCAUCCAUCCCCCGCGGUAUUCGUAUAGUUAGAUCUGUUAUGACUGGUAAGACUUGAGGUAGUUCUCUACAUACUGUAAUACACACACCUACACAAACUCACGCCCGUAAUCCCUAAUGGGGUGGGCAGAGCCACAAGUAAUCAAAGACAACUUGCAGCCACUGUUGAUACGAUGUCGUAAGCGUAUACUGUAAUACAAAUGGCAGAUUUUAAAUAAUACCGUACAUAAUCAUGCCCGCAUCCCUAUCGGCGUGGGCAGAACCACAAGAUUUGUAGGUAGGUAUUAUUUGAAAGUUGUGAGGGCCGAACUGAAUACAGCCCGCGAGAUCACUGCAACCUUGUCAGAUCUAUUGUGACCUAAAUCCCUACAUUUAAAAAUCCUCCUCUAGACCGACCGGAGAAAGCUCCAUGACUUCCUGGGGGCCAUUAUGUGGCCCCCAAGUGUACGACUUCUACUAUGUAUGAGAGCCUCACAGUUGCACAGCAGAUGUAGUGGAGUCUCAUCCUCCCUUAAGCAGAAUCUGCUUAAAGGAGACUCGGUCAGCUCCAUUCUGUGUAGGUGCUUAUUGAGUCUGCAGUGCCCCGUGAGGUGCAGCUCAACACAACCAUUAUUCAAGCAGAAAUUCAUAAUAAACCAAAAAUGGAUAUCGAACCGGAACUCAAUUUUGUCAUAAAACAAGAAAUUGAUAUUAAUGAUAUUGAAUACAACAUUAACAAUAAUUACCACCCGGACUUCAAUGUGGACGUUAAAAUUGAAAGUGAAGACAAUGAAGAAGAUUGGUGCAUUAAAACUGGAGAAGAAACUCACUGUGAACAAGAAGGAAAAGAUAUAGAAGAAAAACAAUUAGAUGUAUGUAAACCCUGUUCAGGAGUUGAUAUCUCUACAGUUGGUACCACAAAUAUGCCAAAUGAACAAAGUUCAAACGGCAUCAACUCUGGACUUAAUGCCAAAAAAAAAAAUACUAAUGAAAGAAACCAGGCUGAUGGUAACGGUAAUGACGUUAUAGAAAAUACAAUUUCCAAAGAAGAUGGUAAUUCAUGCCAAUAUUUAUUAGACUCCGAUUCUAAAGAUGAAGUGAUAGUAGUUCACGAACUCCCAAAUAGAGAAGGAAAAAUAGUUGAAUGUCAAAAUAUUGAAUUGGCAUAUCAAUGCAAAGAUUGUUCUAUUACUUUUGAUAAUGACGAAAACCUUUUGGAACAUAUCCGCGCUAUACACGGUUCCAAUGUAAAAGAUACAAAGAGACAAUACAUUUUUGAGAAAUCUCCUACAAUGAUUAAUUUAUAUACAGAUAAUGAUGUAGAAUCAAGCACACAAGUUGAUGAAGACAGGAAACAAGUUAUAGGAAAGAAGUACAAAUGUGCAGGCUGCAAAGAAAUGUUUGCUUUCAUGAUUGAAAGCACAAACAAUGACAAUAAAUGCUAUAAAUGCAAGCAAACACAAGCCGAUGUUCCAGACGACUCCAGCGACAGCGGAGGCUUAAUCAUCUUGCACAACAAACCGAAGAAGAAACAAAUGCACACAUGUAAAAUUUGUAACAAGACUUUUAAAUACAAACAUUGGCAUGCUCACAUGAGACAGGUACACGGCCCAGGGUCAUACGCUUGCGAACCCUGCAAGAUGGAAUUCAAAUGCGCGAGGUAUUUGAAAAGACACAUGAUGUACCAACACGAAGGGGUCCUGCGCAGCUUUGAACGUAACAAACCAGAAAACGGCAAAGUUAUGUGCCCGCAUUGUCCUAAAACUUUCAAAAACAGUGAUAACCUUACUCAUCACAUUCAGAAUUGCCACGGCGAGCCGGUACAGUGUGAUAUCUGUGGCUGCACAGUGAAAAGCAAGUCGUAUUUACAAUCACAUAAGCGUAGGAAGCAUCGGAAUGAUAAAAAAUUCAGCUGCCCCACGUGUUCGAAGCAGUUAAAGUCUCAAGAGCAAGUUCAGGUGCACAUUAAAAAAUGUCACAGCAUUAAGAAGGAAACUUGUAAAUAUUGUGGGAAAGAAUUCAAUUGUAAGCAGUACCACCGAGCUCAUCUUAAGCGAUGUCCAUUGAAUUUGGAUAGAAACAGCCAAACUGGUAAAAGGAAUGAAGAUUUUAUUAAUGUUGGUACAUAAAAAGAACCUAUUUGUGA